AUGGGACACAAGUGCAUCUCUAAACCCUCACCCUUACAAACACUCAUCCUCUCCACUUUCCUCCUCUUCCACUUCAUCUCCCCUACCUCUGCCAGUGCCAUGCCAGGGCCUGACUAUGGAGGCCACCCGCGGUUCAUCUGCAUUCCCGUCCCUGCCGAUACCGACCCUGCCUGCUUCCCCUCUGGGGGGCCAGUCAUGGGGCCUGGGCCUAGCGGGGCAGGGCACCACGGGCCUCCUGUAGGGCCCCCGAACAUUAAUGGCUGGUGGGGGAUGACAGAGGAGGCUAAAACCACUAUUUUACACCUCAGAGAGAGCCUGGUGCAGCAGAAAGAGACCAUCCUGGAUAUGAGAGAGACCAUCAGGGAGCUAACCGCCAAGCUUACCCUGUGUGAGGGCUCCGGGCCAGGCAUGGGGGCUCACGACGACCACCGUGGACCUCCCUCUCAUCACGGAGGGACUGGCAGCCAUCUGACUUACGCUGACAAUGGUCACCAUGGCAACAACAACCAUGCCUUGGAUGCAGCUGGGCACUACCCUGUAAAUGGGGGGCACCGGUCGGACAGUGGGCAUAACAACAGGGGGAAGGAUAAACACACAACACCAGAGGAUAUGACAUCAUCAAAGUCGCCGGAGCAACUGGGCAGGAUGCUGCAGGCCUUAAAAGAGAGACUGGAUAACCUGCAGGUGAGAGAGAGUUCCGUUUAGUAAAGAAAAUAGAUAAUGGAGUUAGGAUGGGGUCAUGAGGAAACAGAUAAAAGAAUGAUGGAGGGAUGAGUGACAGAGUGAGAAGUCAGGAUUAAGGGAUGACUGUAAAUCGCUUUGGAUAAAAGUGUCUGCUAAAUGGCAGAUUAUUAUAUUAUUAUGACAGAGAGAGAGAGCGAGAGAGCAAGAGAAGAAGGGGGGUGUGGUGUGUUUCCACGUGUCACUUCCUUGUAUUGUCUCAGGUCAGGUGAUGCACAUGUCAUUGGAUUGUUUGGUCAAUUAAACAAAUCAAGCCGAAUAAGCGCUCUGCAUAAUUAAGACUGAAGUACAAAUACAUCUGUUAAUCACAUGAAAGUACCACCCUGCCAUGCGAGACACCAUCUGCCACAGGCAGACAGAGUUUUACAUUUUGUUUCCUGGCAUCAAAAUCCUUUCUUGGUAAAAACAAUCAAGGAUCACCAUUGUCCCUUUCCUCUGAUACACUGCCAGCCCUAUCUGACUGUCUGGAGCAGAACAGUCUUGGCACAGAGAGAGACUGGCAUCCCUGGCAUAACAGGUCCUGGCCUGACAGUGAAGUGUCUUUAGGGGUUGGAUGAUCACCCUGUCUAAUUCAAAAUGGGCACACUGGACAAGGUUAUUGAGCACUGAUGGUUUAAAUGGAUUCUGCUUGAGUACGCUUGGUAGGGUUUGGUAUGGUUGGGUUGGUUUAGUAUGGUUGGGUGGGUUUGAGAUGAGCAGGGCCCAGCUAGCUGGGUGAGUUUAAGAUUGGUAGGGAGAGUUAGGUUAGCUUGGUAGAUGGGUCAAGUUAGUGUAGGUGGAUGGAGCUGGGCUGGGCACGUCAUUCCUACCUGUUCUCUCUCUAUCGAUUUCUCUCUCCCCCUCUCUCGAUUUCUCUCUCUCCCUCUCUCGAUUUCUCUCGUAAUCCAGGCUUUGUCGUCCAGGUUUGUGGCCUGAUUAUCAGGCUGUCAGUGGAGAUCAUGAUAGUUGACACUGAUCUCAGAUCUGUACCCUCCGUUUCCCCUGCCAUCUGUCUAUCGUCACAGUCCCGCAGAGAGAACACAAGUCAACGAUGUAGAAACUGUCAAAUAGCAAGACUUAUCUCACUUAGGUAUCUCUCAAUCUGUUUCUCAUUAAAAAAAAGAAUGUACGUAAUCAACAGUAAAUAAGGUUAUUGUUGUUUGUGUCUCCCUCCCCAGCAGUCAAGGAACACGUCCACCACCUACUCCAGCUCUCUGAAGGAGCUCCUCCAGAGGAAGAUCAGUGCUCUGGAGCAGCAGAUGCACCACACCACUGCUGCCCUCAGCAGCAGCCCCGAACAUCACGACAACAGCGAUCACCACGAUGACGGGCACCAUGAAGACCACGACGAUGACGGGCAUCACGACGAUAGUCACGAUGACGACCACCACGAUGAUCACCAUGAUGACGGGCACCACGACAACGAGGCAGAUAGCCAUGGUUACCUGCAGAGAACGGGUUAUCGCACACCAGGGCCCAGGGCUGGCCUGCACUCCAACAACAAACUGGACUCUCUACUGAAUAACCUACACCAUACAGGUACCAACAGCAGGAAGAAGACCAAGACCCCUGAUGCCUUCCAGAUUGGCUUCCCCAUGAGAACCAACUACAUGUAUGGGAAGGUGAAGAGGACCCUCCUCCAUGAGAUCUUCGCCCUGACCCUGUGUCUGUGGAUAAAAGGGGGCGCAGGCCCGGGUCUGGGGACCCCCUUCUCCUACUCUGUACCAGGACAGGCCAACGAACUGGUGCUGAUCGAGUGGGGCAACAACCCCAUGGAGCUGCUGGUGGAUGACAAGGUGAGACGGAGAGAGAGGGUUGAGUAGAGAGUGGCCAUGUCUGAAUAGCCAUACUAGCAUAUUACAGACCUAAACUGCAUACUAAUUUCGGCGUUUGGUCUAGUAGAAUUCACUCGUCUUUUCCGACUCAUGUGUUUGACAACAGCUGAUAAUCAGAUAAAUUGACGCGCUGUACCAAAAUGAACGAAUGGUGGGAGUCUAUUUUAGACAUUUCUGUCUAUUUAUAAAACAUUAUAUUUACAGCAUUCUAUUUACACUGAACAAAAAUAUAAACGCAACAUGUCAAUUGUUGGUUUCAUGAGCUGAAAUAAAAGUUACCCAGAAAUGUUCCAUACGCACAGAAAGCUUAUUUCUCUCAACUUUUGUGCACAAAUUUGUUUACAUCCAUGUUAGUGAGCAUUUUUCCUUUGCCAAGAUAAUCCAUACACCUGAUAUAUCAUAUCAUGUAUCUGAUUAAACAGCAUGAUCUUUACACAGGUGCACCUUGUGCUGGGGACAAUAAAAGGCCACUCUAAAAUGUGCAGUUGUGUCACACAACACAAUGCCACAGAUGUCUCAAGUUUUAAGGGAGAGUGCAAUUGGCAUGCUGACUGCAGGAAUGUCCACCAGCGCUGUUGCCAGAUAAUUUAAUGUUUAUUUCUCUACCAUAAGCCGCCUCCAACGUCGUUUUAGAGAAUUUGGCAGUACCUCCAACCGGCCUUACAACCUCAGACCACGUGUAUGGCGUCAUGUGGGUGAGCAGUUUGCUGAUGUCAACGUUGUGAACAGAGUGCCCCACGGUGGGGUUCUGGUAUGGGCAGGCAUAAGCUACGGACAACGGACACAGUUGCAUUAUAUCAAUGGCAAUUUUAAUGCACAGAGAUACCGUGACGAGAUCCUGAGGCCCAUUGUCGUGCCAUUCAUCUGCCCCCAUCACGUUUCAGCAUGAUAAUGCACGGCCCCAUGUCUCAAGGAUCGGUACACAAUUCCUGGUAGCUGAAAAUGUCCCAGUUCUUCCAUGGCCUGCAUACUCACCAGACAUGUCACCCAUUGAGCAUGUUUGGGAUACUCUGGCUCGAUGUGUACGACUGUUCCAGUUCCCACCAAUAUCCAACAACUUCGCACAGCCAUUGAAGAGGAGUGGGACAACAUUCCACAAUCAACAGCCUGAUCAACUCUAUGCGAAGGAGAUGUGUUGCGCUGCAUGAAGCAAAUGGUGGUCACACCAGAUACUAAAUGGUUUUCUGAUCCACGCCCCUACCUUUAAAAAAAAUUGUAUCUGUGACUAACAGAUGCAUAUCUGUAUUCCCAGUCGUGAAAUCUAUAGAUUAGGGCCUAAUGAAUUCAUUUCAAUUGACUGAUUUCCUUAUAUGAACUGUAAAGCAGUAAAAUAUUUGAAUUGUUGCGUUCAUAUUUUUGUUCAGUAUAAUACUAGAAUGGGUAUUCGGACAUGGCCAGAGUGUGUGUGUGUGUGCUCGUGCUAUAUAACUCUCUUGGCUUUAACACCUAAGGAUAAAAGCCAUGUAAGCCAUGUCUCUGUGGCCAAAGGUUUAGCCCAGAAAGCCUGUUGGACUCAGUGGCUCAGAUGCUCAGUAUCUAAUAACUAGGCUACACUGAAGACCAUUGUAACUCCGAAGGUUAACUGAAUGGACUCUCUGAAACCAGUGAUCCAUCUUAAUGGCGUGACGAUGACGUCACAAAGUCAGAGAGCAGCAAGCAGCUUACUUAGACAGCAGGUGGAGAGAGUCUCAGCCAGUGCGAAUUACACCAUGACAUUCGGGGGUCUCUAUCGAUUUAUUUUAUGGGACUAAUAAUAAAGACAUAAUUUAAACAGUAAAAAUGAAUUACCUUUUAAUGUGACAUGAACACAAGCAGUCAUGAUAUUUUCAUCUGAUUGUUAAACAAAUCACUUCAAAAAGUAGGCUACCUGUGCAUGUUAGUCUGCUCCAAAAUAAUUCCAGCAUCCAAACUGCAUGUAUACUCGCACCAUUUGAUGAAUGUAAAUAGACAUGUUACAAAACACCCAAAAAGUGACAUUCAGCGAUUGCCAUUGAUUAGGUCGACAUUAAUUGAUGCGUCUUGAUGACAAAUUGACCUUUUUUUGUUGCCUGAAAAGUCAUGACACCUAUUUUACCAGACUAGGCUACAAUGUGUAAGACUAUCACCAUGAACUUCAAAUAGGCCCAUCGGUAAAAAUAACUCUCCCUAUACCUUCAACAGCGUAGCCUACCCUCUCAGCCGAGGCAACUUUACACACAUGAACACACACAGAACAGCUAGCCUACAUUCAAUAUAAUACAUGAGUUGAAUGAAUCAAAACAUGUUUUACACGCUAGUUCAUGAGUUGUCCAUAAUUAAUUAGUUAAUGCUUGGAGUCUUCACAGAUCGUGUGACAUAAACACUACCUUUCUUUCCUUACAUUAAUUACAUUUAUGACAGUGUUAUUUGUAAUUAUUAAGCAUUUAACAAUUGAAUUAGAACAUUGAACUUAAACCCUGUACAAAUCAUGGAUUUUUGAGAUCUCGGAAAGUGCACUGUAAGUGUAACUAUGCCUACGUAACAUUUCAUUAUGUUUCGCCGUGAAAACAGUUCUCAUGGGCACACAAAUCCAAUAUAAUGUAGGCCUAUGCCAUUGCAAAAUGGAAUGCUUCUAACCGAACGUUAAUAAUUGAUCCUCUUCUAACCAAAGAGUCACCUUAUAGUGUGGUCCUCUGUAGCUCAGCUGGUAGAGCACGGCGCUUGUAACGCCAAGGUAGUGGGUUCGAUCCCCGGGACCACCCAUACACGAAAAUGUAUGCACGCAUGACUGUAAGUGUCUGCUAAGUGGCGUAUUAUUAUUAUUAUUAUUAUUAUUAUAGGCCUACUGUCUUGUUGGAUGGAUUGGAUGCACAUUGGCGUAUAGCUGUAGGCUAGUUGUCGGCAGGUAGCUUAGUGGGUAAGAGCGUUGUGCCAGUAACCGAAAGGUCGCUGGUUCUAAUCCCCGAGCCGACAAAGUGAAAAAUCUGUUGAUGUGCCCUUAAGCAAGGCACUUAACCCUAAUUGCUGAUGUAAGUCGCUCUGGAUAAGAGCGUCUGCUAAAUGACUUAAAUGUAAAAUAUAAUGAUCCAGGAAAGAAAACAAAUAUUGAUAGAAAAUAAUCAAGCUAAAUAAAUGGUCUACUACUUCUGGCCACGUAGAACACCAGUACCAGCGCACACCUGAGAAACAAAGCAAUGAGCGUUCUAAACAGCUGACUGACAAAAGCAAACAAUGAUAAAUCAACGGUUAAUCUAGUGCAUUGGAAUAAAGGCUAUUUUUAUCAAGGACACAUGGCAAACAAAUGGCGAAAAUUAGGAAGUACAAAGGAAAAUAUAUGCGUAAAGGAACUGACCUGAGGCUGAAAUUCAACACUACUGAGUGGACAGCGCCACCACAUAUAAAUAAAUGGUUUAAACCAUUACAGCGAGGUGGGGGUGUUUGUUUCAUUUGGAAGCUUUUAUUUUCAUAUUUACCACUGUAAAACAUAUUUACCAAUACAUUUUAAACAAACAGGAGAGUGGUUCAAUUUGCAUUAUUUAGAGAACCCCCCCAGUAAUUUGCAAUCUUGGUCUCAGCCCUCAUGAAAAAAUACUACUGAGUUACUACUCAGCACUACUACACAAGAUCUACACAAACCUACUGGUUUAACUAUUUGAUUGCUGUUGAGAUGUGUAGUAAAGCAGUAGUGAUUUAUGUAGUAAUUUAAAUAGUAAUGAGUGAUUAAAUUGGGACGUUUCAAUACUGGUAUUUAAAUCACUACAUAAUUCUCCCUUAAUGACUCCUGUGUAACUACUGAGCUUUUGGGUAUCUACUACUUAAAACCUACACAUACCUACACAAUUCCUACAUGUUCACUAUUGAAUUACUACACAAAGUCUACACAUUACUGCUGUAUGUCUACUCAAAACUCCCAAUCCUCUUCUGGAUCAUCCAAAUGCACUCUAGCAAACUUCAGACGGGCCUGGACAUGUACUGGCUUAAGCAGGGGGACACGUCUGGCACUGCAGGAUUUGAGUCCCUGGCGGCGUAGUGUGUUACUGAUGGUAGGCUUUGUUACUUUGGUCCCAGCUCUCUGCAGGUCAUUCACUAGGUCCCCCCCGUGUGGUUCUGGGAUUUUUGCUCACUUGUGAUAAUUUUGACCCCACGGGGUGAGAUCUUGCGUGGAGCCCCAGAUCGAGGGAGAUUAUCAGUGGUCUUGUAUGUCUUCCAUUUCCUAAUAAUUGCUCCCACAGUUGAUUUCUUCAAACCAAGCUGCUUACCUAUUGCAGAUUCAGUCUUCCCAGCCUGGUGCAGGUCUACAAUUUUGUUUCUGGUGUCCUUUGACAGCUCUUUGGUCUUGGCCAUAGUGGAGUUUGGAGUGUGACUGUUUGAGGUUGUGGACAGGUGUCUUUUAUACUGAUAACAAGUUCAAACAGGUGCCAUUAAUACAGGUAACGAGUGGAGGACAGAGGAGCCUCUUAAAGAAGAAGUUACAGGUCUGUGAGAGCCAGAAAUCUUGCUUGUUUGUAGGUGACCAAAUACUUAUUUUCCACCAUAAUUUGCAAAUAAAUUCAUUAAAAAUCCUACAAUGUGAUGUUCUGGAUUUUUUUCUUCUCAAUUUAUCUGUCAUAGUUGACGUGUACCUAUGAUGAAAAUUACAGGCCUCUCUCAUCUUUUUAAGUGGGAGAACUUGCACAAUUGGUGGCUGACUAAAUACUUUUUUUCCCCACUGUAAGGGCUAUCUAUGAAAGACAGGAUGACGAAGGAUGGAAGAUGAUUACAUUCGGGAUUGUCAAAAACAGUAGCUAGCUAACAACAACCAACUACUUCCUGUCUUGUCUUCUUCUGUGGUAGCGAAAAGCCGUUAUUGUCUGGCUGUAGUGUUGUGACUACUUAUUUACUACCAACAUCAAGUAGUAAAAAUCUCUACCUGAUUACUACUGGAAACACUACUGUUUUCCUACUGAACACUACAAAACUCUACUUGUGUAUCUUGAGUAGUGCAUAAACUACACAUUUCACUACACAAUCCCUACAAGUCUCUACAUAGUCACUACUGCACAAAUAGGUUUUGUGUAGUAAUUCAGUAGUACUUUUUCAUGAGGGAGAGCUCUGCAGAGAUCAUUACUACACCAACACUUGGAUGAUGCAUGACAGCCAUAGAAGGGGAUGUGUUAUAGAGGUAUCAAGUUAUCUCCUUGUACUGUCAACUUGGUGGUACUCAAUCCCUCCUCUCCUCCCUUCCCCCCAGGCGGUGACCCUGCCUCUUUCUAUCAGCGAUGGGAAGUGGCACCAUGUGUGUGUGACAUGGUCGACGAGAGACGGUGAGUGGGAGGCGUACCAGGACGGGCUGAAGAGGGGCUCUGGGGAGAACCUGUCCGCUUGGCAUCCCAUCAAACCUGGAGGGGUCUUCAUCCUCGGACAGGAACAGGUCAUCUUCAAAUUCUUUCAGUUGGUUGUUGAGUCUUCAAAGAAAAGUGUCUACAAAAAGCUUCUGCAUUACACAAGACAAUAAAAGUGCACACUCAGCCAUUUUCCCUGUGACCACACUCAUUAACCCCUUGAGCAAGGCAGUUAACCCCCAACAACAACUGUUCCCCGGGCACCAAUGCAGUGGGCGUCGAUUAAGGCAGCCCACCGCGGUUCUCUGAUUCAGAGGGGUUGGGUUAAAUGUGGAAGACACAUUUCGGUUGAAUGCAUUCAGUUUUGCAACUGACUAGGUAUCCCCUUCCCUUCCCUUCCUUCCUCAGCCCAUAAUUUCACCUAUUAUUGACUGAGUCCCUUAUCCUAGUGUAGCCUCCCUUUAUGUAUCGCGCCAUGGCUGUCUAGGACUCUAAGGCUAUGUUUACACAGGCACACCAAUUCUGAUCUUUUUUACCACUAAUGGGUCUUUUGACCAAUCAGAUCAGCUCUUGACAAUAAUUGGGCAAAAUAUCAGAAUUGGGCCACCCGUGUAAACGCAGCCCAAGCAGAGGGACUGUAGUGCGCUCGCCCUGUAACCAACCACAGAAGCAGUCACUUCACUAGCAUCAGCUUUCUCUCAGAAACAGUGAUCGGGGUUAGGGUCAGAGUUAUUUCUGUGUAAUCCUAGCCUCUGACCUUUGAACCCUGACCAUGUCUCCUUUAGAGCAACAGCUAGGCUUUGUUAUAUAAUGAAUGCUGACUACCACCUACUACUACACCAUACAUACAAAGCACAGGAGGUUGGUGGAACCUUCAUUGGGGAGGACAGGCUCAUGGUAAUGGCUGGAGCGGAAUAGGUGGAAUGGUAACAAUACAGUUGAAGUCGGAAGUUUACAUACACUUAGGUUGGAAUCAUUAAAACUCGUUUUUCAACCACUCCACAAAUUUCUUGUUAACAAACUAUAGUUUUGGCAAGUCGGUUAGGACAUCUACUUUGUGCAUGACACAAGUAAUUUUUCCAACAAUUGUUUACAGACAGAUUAUUUCACUUAUAAUUCACUGUAUCACAAUUCCAGUGGGGUCAGAAAUGUACAUACACUAAGUUGACUGUGCCUUUAAACAGCUUGGAAAUUUCCAGAAAAUGAUGUAAUGGCUUUAGAAGGUUUUAAUAGGCUAAUUGACAUAAUUUGAGCCAAUUGGAGGUGUUCCUGUGGAUUUGUUUCAAGGCCUACCUUCAAACUCAGUGCCUCUUUGCUUGACAUCAUGGGAAAAAAGAAAUCAGCCAAGAUCUCAGAAAAAUUUUUGUAGGCCUCCACAAGUCUGGUUCAUCCUUCGGAGCAAUUUCCAAACGCCUGAAGGUACCACGUUCAUCUGUACAAAUAAUAGUACGCAAGUAUAAACACCAUGGGACCACGCAGCCGUCAUACCGCUCAGGAAGGAGGCGUGUUCUGUCUCCUAGAGAUGAACGUACUUUGGUGCGAAAAGUGCAAAUCAAUCCCAGAACAACAGCAAAGGACUUUGUGAAGAUGCUGGAGGAAACAGGUACAAAAGUAUCUGAAAGGCCGCUCAGCAAGGAAGAAGCCACUGCUCCAAAACCACCAUAAAAAAGCCAGACUAAAGUUUGCAACUGCACAUAGGGACAAAGAUCGUACUUUUUUGAGAAAUGUAAUCUGGUCUGAUGAAACAAAAAUAGAACUGUUUGGCCAUAAUGUCCAUCGUUAUGUUUGGAGGAAAAGGGGGACACUUGCAAGCCGAAGAACACCAUCCCAACCGUGAAGCACGGGGUGGCAGCAUCUUGCUGGGGGGGUGCUGUGCUACAGGAGGGACUGGUGCACUUCACAAAAUAGAUGGCAUCAUGAGGAAGGAAAAUGUUGUGGAUAUAUUGAAGCAACAUCUCAAGACAUCAGUCAAGAAGUUAAAGCUUGGUUGCAAAUGGAUCUUCCAAAUGGACAAUGAUCCCAAGCAUACUUCCAAAGUUGUGGCAAAAUGGCUUAAGGACAACAAAGUCAAGGUAUUGGAGUGGCCAUCACAAAGCCCUGACCAAAAUCCUAUAGAAAAUGUGUGGGCAGAACUGAAAAAGCGUGUGCGAGCAAGGAGGCCUACAAACCUGACUCAGUUACACCAGCUCUGUCAGGAGGAAUGGGCCAAAAUUCACCCAACUUAUUGUGGGAAGCUUGUGGAAGGCUACCCGAAAUGUUUGACCCAAGUUAAACAAUUUAAAGGCAAUGCUACUGAAUACUAAUUGAGUGUAUGUAAACUGACCAACUGGGAAUGUGAUGAAAGAAAUAAAAGCUGAAAUAAAUCAUUCUCUCUACUAUUAUUCUGACAUUUCACAUUCUUAGACACGGAAUUUUUACUAGGAUUAAAUGUCAGGAAUUGUGAAAAACUGAGUUUAAAUGUAUUUGGAUAAGGUGUAUGUAAACUUCCGACUUCAACUGUACAUCAAACACAUGGUUUCCAUUCGAUGCAAUUCCAUUUGCACUGUUCUGCACAUUAUUAUGAGCCGUCCUCCCCUCAGCAGCAUCCUGUGAUCCAAAGCUAGCCACAAACAAACCCCAUUACUUAGUUUAAAUGCAUUUAUGGCUCCUCUCUUAAGUCCAAAUCCUAACUUUAGAAUGAGCCUAACAUGACCCUGUCUCUCUCCUCCAGGACACUCUCGGAGGUCGUUUCGACGCCACGCAGGCAUUUAUGGGGGACAUCUCUGACCUCCAGAUGUGGUCUAAUGUCCUCACGGCCCAUGACAUCUACAGCCUGGCCUCCUGCAACAGCCACCUCAGUGGGGACGUCAUCACCUGGUCUGAGAACGUGGUGGAGCUCCACGGAGGGGUCAACAAAUACCCCUUCGACCCCUGUCACUAAGGGAAACCAACUAUUAUGACAUUACCAAUGGAUCCAUAUCACAUACAGACUUAAAAGUGCUCCUAUCGAAGAAGGACUUUUUUCCGAUCCAGAGGAGGUGUGAGAUCACAUGAGAUAGAGGAUCCACUCCACUUAAUAUUACCACCUGACUCUAAAACUAUGCCUUCCUUUUAGUCUGAAAGACUGAAGACCCCCAUUCCGAGAGACUGUGUUAUGACUACUAUGGAAUUAAAAUGUUUUGAUAAUGAAAUGGACUAUA